CUGUGGGAGACUUUCAAGAUUUAUUAUUCAUGUGGUUUUGUUGUUUGAAAAAGGGAGGUUAAUUGGGGUUGAGGACUUGUUGGCUCUUAUCUCCUUUUUUUUUUUUUUUUACGCGCAGCUGUUUGCGCACCUGAGUCCGGACGCUCAGUUUGUGCAGCCUCACCAUGACUUUUACGCGUCUGAACGACUAAACUAUCAUGGUGACAUUAUUUCCAGGCGACGUACCUGCUGCCGCCGCCUCUCACUGUGGAAUAACCGGAGUCCAGGUGUCAUCAGGGCAGAGCCGAUGUGGCCGUUUGGAGACGCCAGCUGGGAUUUGACAGAGCGCAGGAGUUUGGGAUGCGAGAGAAACCUUAGAGAGACAGUCCUCGGCUUCUUUUACCUGGAUUCAACUCGGGCUGCCCAGAGCCAUGGCCUCUGAAACCGUGUGCGGGCUCGUCUUCAGGUUGCUGCUGCCAGUGUGUCUCGCAGCCGCUUGCCUGUUCAGGUACAAUGCCCUGUCCUUCGUCUACCUCAUCUACCUCCUGCUUCUUCCACUCUUCCCAGAGCCCACAAACACAACAAUGCAAGGCCACACAGGGCGUCUGCUGCAGUCCCUCUGCUUCACCAGUAUGUCCUUCCUGCUGCUCCACAUCAUCUAUCAGAUUACCGUCAACAGCCUGCUGGCCGGGAACUCCAUCACGUCCGACUUCAACUGUUCCACAUGGGAGAAAUCCAUAAGACAAAUUGGCUUUGAGAGCGUGAUUGGGGCAGAUGCAGGCAACGGCAUCCGAGUGUUCAUCCCUGACAUCGGCAUGUUCGCGGUCGGCUUGGCCAUCUGGCUGCUGUGUCGCAGUCUGGUCCAGAAGAGGCCGCCUGAGGACAUGGCUCAGUACAAUGCAGACUUCGAAGCCGAGGAGCAGGUGGCCGAGGAGGACGAGGACGACGAGGAGCUGUACGACGAGGAGGACGAGGACGAGGAAGAGGAGGAGGAGGAAGAGGCGAAGGAGAGCGCCAAGAUGAAGGUUCUGCGGAUCGUGGCGGAGGUCGCCUCCAAAGUGAAGGAGAUCAUCGGGAACUUGAUCACCACGGCGGGGAAGGUCGUGGUCACCAUCUUGUUGGGCAUGACAGGAAUCAUGCUGCCCUCGCUGACUUCGGCUGUUUAUUUCUUCAUCUUCCUCUUCCUGUGCACCUGGUGGUCCCUCUGCCGGACCUUCAACACGCUCAUCUUCAGCUGCAUGUGCGUUCUGAUGGCCAUCUUCAGCGCCGGACACAUCAUCGUCCUCUACCUCUACCAGUUCCAGUUCUUCCAGGAGGCCAUCCCACCAGACGACAGCUUCAUCAGUGUAUUUGGCAUCUCCCCCAUUGUUCAGAGCAACUGCUCGUACACAUGGAAGCUCAUCGUGCACCCGAAUCGUGAGUGGUACCACUUUGUCAGUCCCAUCAUGCUGCUGGUUCUCUAUUACACCCUGGCUACGCUCAUCCGCCUCUGGCUGCAGGAGCCCAUCGACCAGCUGAUGGACGACAAAGACGACGACAUGUGCGAGGAGGAGGAGCAGGUCGGAAAUAACUCGGCCAACAGGAAGAGGCAUCUGUGGUGGGAGUCGCGUCAGGGCACAGAUGAGAAGAACGCUGUUCCCACCUCCAACGGGACGUCCUUUGACUUUGUCGCGACUGAGAAUGGACCAGUCUGUCUGGACUUGUACUCCACCCCCCAGUAUAAAAUGGACCAGCCUCUUGACAGCCCAGAGAAGAAAGACGAGUGUGUGUACGAAGUGUGUUUGCCUCCGGAGGAUUCGGCGCUGAAGGAAUCUGAGACUGAAGAGAAUGAGAUAAAGAAACGAGGAGUCGGCGCGAUGGUUAAAGUCUUCCACUUCGUCAUGAAACAGAGCUACAUCUGUGCUCUCAUAGCCAUGAUGGCGUGGAGCAUCACGUAUGUCAGCUGGCUGACGUUCGUCUUCCUCAUGUGGUCCUGCAUGCUGUGGAUGGUGAGGGACCGGAGGCGCUACGCCAUGCUGACCUCCCCCUUCAUGGUCGCCUACGGCAACCUGCUGAUAGUCCUGCAGUACAUUUGGAGUUUUGAGAACAUGGAAGAGGUCCCAGGAUUCUUUGUCAAGAAGGAAAACCCGUUCACCUCGCUUUCGUCCAAGAUCCUGUGUCUGCUGAGCUUCUGGUUGCUGCUCAGACAAACGCUAACAGAGAGAGAAGAAAAACUAAAGGAAGACAAUGCUGGUCUGUCAGACGUCCAUGUGGAGGAUCAGAAGAAAAAGGAGGAAGAGGACUCUGAGGAGGGAGGGGAGCCAGACGUCAUUCAGGUCCUCGGUAACAUGGUGAUGGCUCUGCUGGUUAAAUACUGGAUCUACAUCUGUGGCGGCAUGUUCUUCUUCGUCAGCUUCGAGGGAACCAUCGUCAUGUACAAGAUCAUCUACAUGAUGAUGUUCCUCUCCUGCGUGGCGCUCUACCAGGUGCACUACGAGCGGUGGCGAUGGAUCCUGAAGUACUUCUGGAUGUCGGUGGUGAUGUACACGAUGCUGGUGCUCACGCUGGUCUACACCUUCCAGUUUAAAGGCUCCGAGAAAACCUGGUCCGACAUGCUGGGGAUGGACACUGAGGGCUUGAAGGAUCUGGGCCUGGAGCGGUUCUAUGUGUCCAAGCUGUUCACCAGGAUUUUCAUUCCCACCUCCUUCCUGCUGGUGUGUAUUCUCCACCUGCACUACUUCCACGACCGCUUCCUGCAGCUCACCGACCUCCAGGCUGUAGUCGCUAAAGAAGAGAGCACGAUCUACAGACUGGUGCACCAGGAUGGCAGUCUGGCGGACCUCACCAUGCUCAGCGCCAGCUCGGUGGACGCUGCGCUGCCCAGAGAGGAGGAGGAGCCUCGGGACAAGCAGCAGGAGGAGGAGCAGGGCGGCUGGGGGAUGGAGAAGGAGCAGGCCCUGGUGGUGGUGAUGGACAACACGAGCAUGAGUAGCGAGAAGGCCAAGAGCUUCUCCGACCCGCGGCAGUCCAGCACAGAGGACAGCCACCACUGCAGUGCAGGGACCGAGCCGGAGCCGAGCACCGAGCAGAGCUCAGAUCUGAAGAACAAAUGGCACCUGGUGGUCGACCGUCUGACUGUGCUCUUCCUCAAGUUCCUGGAAUAUUUCCACAAACUGCAGCUGUUCAUUUGGUGGCUGCUGGAGAUUCACAUCAUCAAGAUCGUGGCCUGCUACAUCAUUCUGCACUCUGUCAAAGAGGUGUCUUUGUUCAACUCGGUGUUCCUGGCGUCCUGGGCCUUUGCUCUGCCUUACAGCCAGCACCGGCCUCUUGCCUCCAGUGUUUGCACUGUCUGGACAUGUGUCAUCAUCGUAUGUAAAAUGUUGUACCAGCUGAAGUCUAUAAACCCUGCUAGCUACUCCAAAAACUGCACUGAAUACUUGAUAUCAGGUGGCUAUACAGCUGAUGUUCAGAAAGAGUUGGAGGACUCUCUGCUGUAUAAGAAACUUGUGGAUCCGACCAACUGGGUGGGCCUGAGGAAGUCUGAAGACCUGCUGGGCUACCUCAGGAACAACCUCUUGAUGCUGGCUCUCUUAGCGUUCGAGGUGACCAUCUACCGCCACCAGCAAUACUUCAGACUGAGGAACAAGCUGUCGCCUCCCGCUGCCAGAAUUAUCUUCCACGACAUCACACGGCAGCACCUGGACAUCGGCAUCGUCUGCUUCGUCAAAUACUUCAUCAACUACUUCUUCUACAAGUUUGGACUUGAGACGUGCCUGCUGCUGGUGGUCAAUGUGAUCGGGCAGCGCAUGGAUUUCUACGCCAUGCUCCACGCCUUUGCCCUGAUAGCAGUCAUGUACAGAAGAAGAAGGAAAGCCAUUGCUGAGAUCUGGCCCAAGUACUGCUGCUUCCUGGCCUGCAUGCUUACGUUCCAGUACUUUGUGUGCAUCGGGAUCCCGCCUGCAGCCUGUACAGAUUACCCCUGGAGGUCUCCCAACUCUACUACCGACUCUAACGUGGUCAAGUGGCUCUAUGUUCCAGAUUUCCUCACCGAGCCCAAUCCAUCAUUCCUCAUCUAUGACUUCAUGUUGCUGCUCUGUGCCUCUCUUCAGAGGCAGAUCUUUGACGAUGAGAACAAAGCGGCCGUCCGCCUCAUGGCCGGUGAUAACGUUGAGAUCUGCCGGGACUUAGAUGCAGCCUCCUUCAGCGUCCACAACCCCGUUCCUGACUUCAUCCACUGCAGGUCCUACCUGGACAUGCUGAAGGUGAUCAUGUUCAGCUACCUGUUCUGGUUCGUCCUCACCAUCAUCUUCAUCACUGGAACCACACGAAUCAGCGUCUUCUGCAUGGGCUACCUAGUGGCCUGCUUCUACUUCCUGCUGUUUGGAGGCGAGCUGUUGCUGAAGCCAAUCAAAAAGAUCCUCCACUACUGGGACUUCCUGAUCGCGUACAACAUCUUCGUCAUCACUAUGAAGAACAUUUUGUCUAUCCUGGCUUGUGGCUACCUGAAGCAUCUGAUGAAGAACUCAUGCUGGUUAAUCCAGCUGUUCAGUCUGGCGUGCACCAUCAAGGAUUACAAUCAAGACACCAGCCAGAAAGACACACCUGCUGCCGAGCAGUGCGACCUGCCCAACGACGAGGCCGGCAUCAUCUGGGACAGCAUCUGCUUCGCCUUCCUGCUGCUGCAGAGACGAGUCUUCAUGAGCUACUACUUUCUCCACGUGGUGGCAGAUAUCAGAGCAUCGCAGAUCCUCGCUUCCAGAGGGGCGGAGCUGUUUCAGGCCACCAUAGUGAAGGCGGUCCGAGCCAGACUGGAGGAGGAACGCAAAUCUGUGGAGCAGCUGAAGAGACAGAUGGAGCGCAUUAAGGUGAGGCAGCAAAAGUUUAAAAGAGGCAAAGAGAAGAUGCUGAACCUGGCGCAGGAGUCUGGAGAGGGGCAAACGCUCGUCCAGCCGGCGGCGGAGGACGACGACGAUGAUGGAGCACAGCGAACGAAAGCCAAGACCAAAAAAAAGCAGUGGUGGAGGCCGUGGGUUGACCAUGCUUCCAUGGUUAGAAGUGGAGACUAUUACUUGUUUGAAACUGAGAGUGAGGAAGAAGAGGAGGAGGAGGAGAAAAAAGACGAGGAGCCGCCAAAGAAGUCGGCGUUUCAGUUUCUUUAUCACGCCUGGAUCACCGACCCCAAAGCUGCUCUGAGGGCACGAGGCAAAGAGAGACGCAAGUUCUGGAAGAAAUACACCAGGGGGGUGAGAAAAAGGAAAAGCAAGAAAGAUGCAGGUCACGUGACCAUAGAGGUCGGGGAGCUUUCUGAUGGCCAAGAAAAGGGCGACGAGAACAAGAAGUCUGGUGGUCCAGACAACAUCAUCAAGCGAGUGUUCAACAUCAUAAAGUUCACCUGGGUGCUUUUUCAGACGACGGUCGACAGCUUCACCAAGUGGAUGAAUGACAUGUGCCGGGAGUACAUGGACAUCUCCACGGUGCUGCGAAUAGAGCGCUGCAUGCUGACUCGAGAGGUCAAAAAGGGCAACGUGCCGUCCAGAGAGAGCAUCCACGUCUACUACCAGAAGGCCAUGAGGCUCAACAUGUCCAGGCAGGCCAGCAUGGAUCAGCUCAGCGAGGACGAGUCGGCUUCGGGCUCCACCAGAGUGCGCAGGAGGCGAAGAGGCUACCCGAUGGAAAGUCUGGACUCGACGGCCUCCAGAGACAGCAUAUCCAGCGCCGUCACUGAGGCCACCACACUGUUUUCUCGCCAAUCCACCCUGGAAGACCUGGACGCAGAGUUCAUUCCAAAAACCAGCGAGCGUGCCAGGCCCAAACUACGUAAGAUGUACGGCCUGGACGUGUCCAACUCAUCAGUGGAAAGCGGCAGCAGCUUCAUAUCCAGUGAGGCGACCCAGUGCGUCACGCUCUACUCCAGACAGGGAACUACAGACACCAUAGAAGAAGUGGAGGAUGAGCAGGAUCAGGGAGAAGAGCGGCAGCAGGUUCCCUGGGAAUCCCAACAGCUGGAUGAGAGUGAGGAUGCUGAGGGUGGACCCUGGAGUAGUGAAGAACCUGUGGAGAAAGAAGAGGAGCCGGAGGAGGAGGAGGAGGAAGACUGUGAGAAGGGUGAGGAAGGUGAGGAGGGACUGCAGGGAGUGGAGGUACGAGAGGACCAGGAAACAGAGGGGGCUCCAUGGGAGUCCUUUGGUCCAGACGAGGGCCCCUCCUUGAGGCCGGAGGAGACGGAGUCUGGCCCUUCUGGUCAGGAGAACGACUUCAUCACUGAGAGUGAGGAUGGAGGACAGCAGGACUUCAUGCAGACAGAAUCCCAGACGGGGCUCUUCUACACUGCUGAUACAGAUGCUUCCAAGACGUCUGACGCCGAUGUGCCUCCGAGCUACAGCAAAGCCGUCAGCUUUGACCGUCUGGAGGUUAGCGACGACGAGAGCGACAUGGAGGACAGGAAGAGGCGAAUGCUGAUGACCUCCGACAGCCGCUCAGACAGCAGGUCUGACAUCAUGUUGCCCUCAAUGACCACUGAGCUGACCGCCAGCGAUCUGCUGCUCAACAAGAUGUUUUAUGACGAGGAGCUGGACCAGUCAGAAAAGUUCUACCGCGGCCAGCCUCUGAUCCUGCAGCUCUGCUACGCCCUCUACAACAUGCUGGUGGCGCACUCCGAGUUCGUCUGCUACCUGGUCAUCAUCAUCAACCACAUGGUGUCGGCCUCUUGUGUCACUCUGGUCCUUCCCAUCACCAUCUUCCUCUGGGCCAUGCUGUCGGUGCCUCGACCCAGCAAGCGCUACUGGAUGACUGCCAUCGUCUACACAGAGGUCACCAUCGUCAUCAAGUACUUCUUCCAGUUUGGCUUCUUCCCCUUUAACCAGCACAAGCUAGAGAAGAACAAACCAUAUUACCCUCCUAACAUCAUCGGUGUGGAGAAGAAAGAUGGUUACGUUCACUAUGACCUGGUCCAGUUACUGGCUCUGUUCUUCCACCGGUCCAUUCUGAAGUGCCACGGGCUUUGGGACGAAGACGACCCCAAAGAGAAGAAAGAGGCUCCUCGUCAGAGCGAGUCUGAGGAUGAAGGAAAAGAGAAGGACAGGGAGGAGAGCGAGAAGGAGUCCGAACCUGCCUCGUCGCUCUUCAACGAGAGGAGAAGCUCCACUCACACCAUGAGGUCUAUAAACUUCGGGACCUCCAUAGAUUCAGGACACGUUCAGGUGCAUUUCCCGCAGCAGCAGACCUACCAGCGACGCACGAGCUCCAGUGGAGGCUCGCUUUCUCAUCGAUCCCUCCAUUCAUCAGCAAGGUCCAAGAGAGGAAGCACCGCUUCCCACAACAGCAGCCGCAAGGACGGCAGCGAGGCCAGCGUCCAUCAGAAGACCCGCAAACAGAUGAUCAUAGAGAAACUGAGGGAGCAGUUCUUCAAAGCAAAAGCCUUCGCCAUAAAACGGUUCAUGGAACUCUACGUUCCCAUGAGGCAGUUCUUCUACAACUUGAUCCAUCCAGAGUACAGCGCCGUCACAGACGUCUAUGUGCUGAUGUUCCUCUCUGACACAGUCGACUUCAUCAUCAUUGUGUUUGGCUUCUGGGCGUUUGGUAAACACUCGGCGGCAGACAUCACGUCGUCUCUGUCGGAGGAUCAGGUGCCGGGACCUUUCCUGGUCAUGGUCCUGAUCCAGUUUGGCACCAUGGUGGUGGACCGGGCGCUCUACCUCAGAAAGUCGGUUAUGGGCAAAGUCAUCUUCCAGGUCAUCCUAGUCUUUGGCAUCCACUUCUGGAUGUUCUUCAUCCUGCCUAGCGUCACAGCAAAGCGUUUUGCAGAGAACACAGUGGCUCAGAUGUGGUAUUUUGUCAAGUGCAUCUACUUCGGCUUGUCGGCCUAUCAGAUCCGCUGCGGCUAUCCCACCCGUGUCCUGGGGAACUUCCUCACAAAGAGCUACAAUUAUGUCAACCUCUUCCUGUUCCAGGGUUUCCGCCUGGUACCGUUCCUGACGGAGCUGCGGGCCGUGAUGGACUGGGUUUGGACUGACACCUCGCUGUCUCUGUCCAGCUGGAUCUGUGUGGAGGACAUCUACGCUCACAUCUUCAUUCUCAAAUGCUGGAGAGAGUCUGAGAAGAGGUAUCCCCAGCCGCGAGGCCAGAAGAAGAAGAAGGUGGUGAAGUACGGGAUGGGAGGAAUGAUUGUGGUGCUGCUGAUCUGCAUCGUCUGGUUCCCGCUGCUCUUCAUGUCCCUCGUAAAGUCCGUCGCCGGAGUCGUCAACGCUCCGCUGGACGUCUCGCUGAAAAUCACCCUGGCAGGCUUUCAGCCCGUCUUCACCAUGAGCGCUCAGCAGCAACAACUGAAGAACGUGUCAGCGGAAGAGUUUAACAAGUUUAAGACCUUAUUCGUAAAGGAUGAUGAAGCCUUGCAGUGGCUGGAGAGCUACUUUACACAGGAUCUGAUCAUCGCUAAGCUGAAAGGCAGCUCCAACUCUCUGUGGACCAUCAGUCCGCCCAGCAGAAACAGUAUGAUAGAAAUGCUGGAGUCGGCGGACGACUUUCCCAUCACUGUGUCCUGGUCUGUGCAAAGCAUCAUGGGCCUGUACGCCUCCGUGGUUCUGGUCAUCGGCAAGUUUGUGCGCGAGUUCUUCAGCGGCAUUUCGCACACCAUCAUGUUCGAGGAGCUGCCCAACGUGGACCGAAUCCUCAAGCUGUGCACCGACAUCUUCCUGGUGCGAGAGACGGGCGAGCUGGACCUGGAGGAGGACAUGUACUCCAAGCUCAUCUUCCUCUACCGCUCGCCAGAGACCAUGAUCAAGUGGACCCGGGAGAAAACUCAGUGAUCGACGAAAGCAAGAUGCUCUUCGGAGACGCCGUUUAGUCGCUCUGCUGGUGCGAGCAGCCGUUUCAGCCUUUAAAACAGCCGAGGAACAACUUUGUCCUCUUCAGCUGGGCUCGGACGGCACAAAAACACAAGAAAACACUUUUUCUGAGUUACAAACUGGUGGGUUUUUAACCAUUUAGUGACGACAAGCAACAACAAUAACAGUCACGUUAUUAGAAAUCGAGCACAACUUUGCAGGUGCUGUAUUUAUCGUGUGAAGAGUUUGGCCUCCUGUGGAUAAAACAAGCAGCUGGUUGGAGGUUUAUAGGACAGUUUUCCUAAGAUAUAACGAGUCUUAUCCCUAAUAUAAAAGGAGAUUUUUGAACACCUGCCUCCUAACAUUUUCACAAUCGCAUGGCAGGUGGAGAGAAACACAAACUGGCUGCAACUUUACUCUUUAAGGGCUUCCUACCAACAAAUAAGUGCACAAUAAUGACCAACACGAGCACAAUCUCAUAUUCUCUCCGACUGGAACGUUUGGAUCGUGGGACUGUGCAAUACUGAGCUCCCGUCCCUGCAAGUUUUCGAAGGACGUGGAGCAAAUAAAACGGUCAUUUCCAACUAAAAAAAACAUGAACUCAAAGGCAACUUUUUUUUUUUAAAUGUCAGAGGCCACUCUGGAGAUAGUAUGCGGGGAAAAAAAAACAUUAUCAGACAAUCUUUACUUGCCUUAUUUUGUUUGUAUGAGAAGAACUCUCACAUAUCUUUUCUCAGGAAGAGCUGUUUUCACAGAUAUUCAUUGUGUAUGUUACAACAUGUAGGCUUUGUUGGAUUUAAAUGAACAUGAGGUUGUAGAAAAAGAACUAUUUAAAUGGCAUGAAAUAUAAUGUGGAAAUUGUUUGUUUACUGCACAGGGACACAGUUAAAGGCCGCAUCAAGGAGGGAAACGUGUCGUCGUGGACUUUAUUUCUUUGCAGAGAAUGAGAUUAUUGCCAAUCCUCCACGUUCUUCAUCAUCCACAGGUUGGCUUGUCGAGUCGAGACCAGCAGAGGGCUGUUUCUGAAUCAGGGUAACGUGCAUUAAGGUGGCUGCACUUUAUCACCUCGCUGUUUUUAACGUUCAUACUCACGAACACUGUGGCGCCUACAGCUGUGCAUCAAGGAAGAAAAACGAGCAGACACAAAAAAAAUAAAUAAAAUAAAGAUUCCUCACGUGAAGGGCUGAGACUUGGAGCCCUUUGGUCCAAACUAUGCAUUAGAGGACAUUGUAGCAUGAGUGACAAACUUCAUUAUUGCCAUGACUAAUUUUCAGUACAUGUAAAUAGGGGUUAAUAUGAGGGGACGGGUCAGGGAGGAAUGAAAUGUGAAAUUGUACCUGUAUGUUAAGGCAAUGUGGUAUGAUAGAGGUCCAGAGAUCUGCAAAUAAAACAUGUGGAAAGGUG